AGGACAUCGUGAUAGAGCAAAAAUUGGAAAUGGAAAUAUACAAAAGCCUCUACAGCGCAUGUUUUGCAGCCUGUAUUGUGAAGGUGUGCUGGAGCAGAUGGAGCCCCCCCUGAGCCCGCGUGAGUCUGGGCGGUUUGUGGCCGAGCGGAGCGUGGACGUGAAGGUGGAGGACGAGGGGGUGGAGCGAGUCGCAGAGAUGCUCUACAGACUGAGGAACUCUGAGGAGCUGAGCGCAGACGGCUGGAGGAAGGCCAACCCCCUGGCCCCAGACCCCUCCUCUGACCAGGCGUUAAACUGGGUGUUUGUGGUGGACACCAUGAACUUCUCCUUUUGGCCCGACUCGGACUCGCAGCAGUGUGAGGUCACCUACAGGGGGCGCACUUACACUGGCUACAUGACUCUGUGCGCUGCCGUCUCCAGAGCCAUGGACGAAGGUGUCCCCAUCACAGAUCCUCACUUCUUCUCUCACGUGACUCUGGAGCAGCUCAGACACGUGCUGAGGUCUGACAACGCCACGCCGAUGCCCAUGAUCCACGAACGACACCAGGUGCUGACUGAGGCCGGGAGAGUCCUGAUGGAGCACGGAGGAAGCUUCCGGACUUUUAUCAGCCAAGCCGGGAACGAUGCCCAGAGGAUGGUGGAACUUAUCACAGAACACAUCCCAUCGUACAGAGACCAGGCCGUGUACCAGGGGAGGGCGCUCUCGUUCCUGAAGCGAGCCCAGAUCUUGGUGGCAGAUUUGUGGGGCGUCAUGGCGGCGCGUGGAGAGGGGGACAUCUCCAACAUGGACUCUCUCACCAUGUUCGCAGACUACAGGGUCCCACAGGCUCUGGUCUAUCUGGGGGCUUUGAAAUACUCUGAGCAGCUCAUGGAGACUCUGAAGAGAGGUGAGCUGCUGCCGUCUGGAGACCGGAGAGAGGUGGAGAUCCGGGGCUGUACAAUCUGGGCGGUGGAGCGAAUAAAACAGCGCCUGUGUCGAUUGGUCGAGGAGCGCGACAAACAGAAGUGCAACAUAAACUCUGUGAUCAUCGACUUUUACCUGUGGCCCUACGCCAAACAGCACCACCAGCAGAUGGCGCACAUCCCCAUCCACCACACGCGCUGUAUUUACUAUUAAGACCACACAGCACAACACAAUCACAUCCAAGCUACUUUUUUACAAUCCCUAGUGAUACUUUGCCGUAACAUCAUGCUGGGGGUGUUCUACAUGUAUGUUUAUGGCGGAACAUUCAUCAGUUACCGUGGCGAUACAAUGCACACCCAGCCAAAACGUUUUUAGAUGGUCUGAAAACUGGAAAAAUGUAUUUAAAACGACACAUUUUGAGGAGGCUGUAAAGAAUCUGAACAUUCAUGGUUCUGUUGAGGUGAUUUUCAACAAAAAACUGAAAGUGACUAAAACUACAUUCAGACUGCAGCCUGAAGUGAACAAAUCCGAUGUGACCUGUAUCUGAUCUUUUAAUGACAGUCUGAACCACACAGAUCCGAUUUUGUUCAAAUGCGACCCAGGCCACUUCGAUAUGUGCUCCUAAAACUGAUACAUAUCUGAUCGUUUGACAUGCGACUUCAGUCUGAACGGCCAAGGCGCAUUCAUCCGACCUACACAUCAUCACACGGUGGACUUGCCAAAGAGGUUGGCUAUUGUGUGGUAACAAGCACCUGUUGCAAGCCAAUACAGCCCAACGCCAGCGCUUUUGCUCAUGGAAAUAGGCCGUAUUUCCUCCCGCGAGUGGCACAAGUAGGCUCUCACAAAUGUACACAAACGUUAUUCUCGUCAUACAAAAAUUGUUAAUGAACUCACUGAAGCAAAGCACAUCGCUAUCCCACCACUCUUGGCUACGUUUCCGCAUCCACACGUUCCUUUCAAUGGACGUCGCUGCUGCUGUCCCACAAAACACCACGUCCAAAAACCUCGUCCUUCUCCUUCUCAAUCUCCUUAAAACAAGUAAGUUGUUCAUGUUCUGGCUCCGGUACGAGAGAAACUUUAAAAUCGCCAGGUGCUCAAUGCUCGCGUCCAUGUUUGGACAACUUCCGUAAACACAGAGCACGCUCACUGCGGUUGAUGUCGUCGUGUCUCCAGUGCACAUGCGGGACACUUUUGGGCCAUUUAAUGUUCACACUGGAGUCACAUACAAGUCGCAUUUAAUUGGAAAUGUGAACGACCUCGCAAAAACAUUGAAUUUCACAAAAAAAACUGAACGUAGCCUAACUGAAAAAAUAUGUUUAACAGCACAAAUCAUCUCACCUGUUGUAGUUCUUUACGGUCAGACUGUGUUUAACUUCAGUAACAGAGCUUCAGACAGAGCAGUGCCUACAGUUAGCAUCACACCCCCAGGGAAUGUGAGCAGCAAAGUAUUAUCUAAGUUAGUAUAAGUAUUAAAUGUGUGAAUGAAACACAACACAUCUCCAGGUGUGUAACGACAUUAUAACAUGACGUAAAAGUCGCAACUGUCAGUUUUACGUAAUCUGGGACCUUUACUCAAUCUGCACUGUCCUAUAAAUAAAGAAAUUUCCAUA